GAUCAAUUUUCAACAAAAACAUUUUUUAAAAAAACUGUGUUCUGAAAAUGUUGCCAAACUGUACAAAAACAAAAAACAAAAAGGCCCAGUGCCAAACAUGGAUUUGGGCCUUGGGCAGCAUUUUCUCAGUCCUCAGAAAUUAGUUUUCAAAAAACUGGAAACAGAGUCGCCAAAAACACCACCAACCUCCUUAAAUUUUCUCAUGCAAAUGCUGUGACUGUCUCGUUCUCUCUUCAAAGAUUCAUCCAUUCAUUCAUUCGUUCAUUCAUGUGAAUAGGGUUCACAAAUUUUUUAUCUGAAAAGUGAGAAGUGAGAACCCACCAGCAUUAGACCCAUAUGGCUGCCUACAGAGCAGACGACGACUACGAUUACCUCUUCAAAGUGGUGUUGAUUGGAGACUCUGGCGUCGGAAAAUCCAAUCUCCUCUCCAGAUUCACCCGCAAUGAGUUCAGUCUCGAAUCCAAAUCCACUAUCGGUGUUGAAUUCGCCACCCGGAGUAUUCGGGUGGAUGACAAGAUCGUCAAGGCUCAGAUUUGGGACACUGCUGGCCAGGAGAGAUACCGUGCAAUCACCAGUGCAUACUACCGAGGUGCUGUUGGUGCACUCCUUGUCUAUGAUGUCACCCGACAUGUUACAUUUGAGAAUGUGGAGAGAUGGUUAAAGGAGCUCCGGGAUCAUACUGACUCGCAUAUUGUGAUAAUGCUUGUUGGCAACAAGGGAGACUUGCGUCACUUGCGUGCAGUUUCCAUUGAUGAUGCCAAGGCAUUUGCUGAGAGAGAAAACACUUUCUUUAUGGAGACAUCUGCCCUUGAGUCCAUGAAUGUUGAGAAUGCAUUCACUGAAGUGCUCACUCAAAUAUAUCAAGUGGUUAGCCGGAAAGCCCUUGAUAUUGGGGAUGACCCUGCUGCUUUGCCUAAAGGGCAAACCAUUAAUGUUGGAACCAAGGAUGAUGUUUCAGCUGUAAAGAAAGCUGGUUGCUGCUCCUCCUAAUAGCAGACGUGAAUGAUCAGGAAGUAGGAAGUAGCCUACCUUCUCUUCCUUGCCAUAAAAUUUCAAGAUUUCCUCAAGGCAACUCAUGGACUAUGACUCUCUAAUUUUGCUUCUAAUAGUGUCAGUUUGAUUGAAUGGUGGAGCUUGGCUGAGCUUGGCCAAAACUUUUGAGUCUAGAGGAAUUCAGCUUUCUUCCGGAUUCUCUUUUCAUCUGGUGCCAAGAAUUUCAUAAUAUUUACUUUAGUUUUUGCCCACUUUGUGUAUUGUUUCACUUACUUUUUAACUGCUAUAGCUUGUGCUGUUUUUAGUUUUUUCUAGAUUAGAAAUGUUGUGGGACAAGCAGUAAAAUUUUGUAUCUGAUUGAAUGAUGGUUGUUCAAUGCUGGAAGAUGAGAUUGAUGAAUUAUUUCCUCCAUAAUGUCUUAGUAAAGAGGCUCCUCAAUAAAGCAUCUGGAAUUUCAUGCAGUC